AUGGACGCUCUACUAUUUGCAUUAACAUUAGAAGUGGUUCUACUGCAAAUUCGUAUUCUUGAGGGCACCACAAAAUUAAAAGCAAACAGGAAAUAUGUCAGCAAACACGAGAAAGCUCAACGUGAUAAACUCACUAGAGACCGACAGAUGGUGAAGGACGUAAUUCGAAGUACCCUUAUUGAAAUUGCAGAAACAGGUCAAUGGUACUCUUUACAGCAGGCUUCUAAAGUCCUCGAAAUCCGUUUCUCUUCCGCAAUUAGCAUGUAUCAGAAGCACGAACAACUGGAAAUGUCACUGGAAGCAAUCGUUAAAGACUUAAUAACUAAUAGAAAUCAAUGGAUUCUUGAAAUACAUAAUGCUGACAAAAGAAUUGCACUUCUUAGAGACAAAAUGAAAGAUGAUUUCCAAAAUGCCAAAGCACGUUUUUGCUAUGCCGAAAAAUGGGUAGUUGCACGCGCAGAAUCCUUAGAACUGCAGCUUAAUGUACCACGUCCGCCGUUACCCAGAUCUGAUUACGAGAAGCGUGUACACGAAGAACUGAUUCGAGCUUACGAAUUACAGAUAAAAGAACGUGAAGAGUCUUUAGUUUACUGGAAAGAACGAUAUACAAAAGACUUCGCUGAUAUAUGCGGCAGAGUAUCGAAAAGAUGUGAACAGCUGCGUGUAGCUAUUGCGCGCCACGAGGAGUUACAAAAAUUGUACGACUUACAUGAAGGCGAAAUGCGUGGAUGGCUAACAUUCAAACGAGAACGCGCCGCACGGAUAGCUCUCCAGGAACGAUUGAAUACCGCUGCGAAACGCAUUCAGUCGUGGUGGCGUGGGAUGAUGGUACGCCGCGCAUUUGGGCAAUUCCGAUAUUUGCGUAGUGCGAAAAAAUCUCCUAGCAAAAGCAAAAAGAAGUAAAUUACU